UUAUUAGUAUACUCGUAUAGCGUAGACCGGCAGCCGGGGCGGUUCUGGGGGGAGUCGAGCAGGCAGGCACUCUAUAAAAUAGGCUCCCCCCCUUCUCAAUUUGGACCUGAGCUUACCAGCAACAACAACCACCACACAUUGCUUUGCUUUCGGCGCACCGACGACGCAGGAAGGACACAAAGCAGAGGAAGGCCGAGGGAUCAAUUCCUUGCUUGCGAGCGAGCUUGGUUGAUUGAUCUAUCGAUCGGUAGCGAUGGAGGGGGCAAGGAAUCAGGAUCAUGUGAUUGGGAUCCCGGUCAACAGCACGGCCUACGGUAUAGAGGAGCCCGACUUCCCGGAGGUGGAGGAGACCAUCACACCCCCUGAUCAUGCCGGGUUCGUCUCCGGUUCCUUCCAAUCCAUCAACAACGACGGUGCUUCCAACGGCGGCUCCACGGCGACCGACCGCGAUCAGACCAGCCAAGUCCGCAGGAAGAGGGGGAAGAUCGCCCAGGGCAUCAAAGAACACGUGACUCUGGGGCCAAAGCUAUCGGAGACGGUCAAGGGGAAGCUCACGCUGGGCGCCAGGAUCAUCCAGGCAGGCGGCGUCGAGAAGGUGUUCCGGCAGUGGUUCUCCGUGGACAAGAACGAGCGGCUCGUCAGGGCGUCGCAGUGCUACCUGUCCACCACGGCGGGGCCGAUCGCCGGGAUGCUCUUCGUCUCCACGGAGCGCGUCGCCUUCCGGAGCGACCGCUCGCUCGCCGUGGCCGCCCCCGACGGCGCCAAGGUCCGCGUGCCGUACAAGGUGACCAUACCGCUGCGCAAGGUGAGGCGCGCCGUGCCCACCGAGAACAAGCACAAGCCCGACCAGCGCUACAUCGAGGUGGUCACCAACGACGGCUUCGAGUUCUGGUUCAUGGGCUUCGUCAGCUACCACCGGUCGCUGCAGCACCUCGAGCAGGCCAUCGCGCAGGCACGGCGAUGACACGCGCGCUCCGGACGGAGAUCGUCCCCUUGUGUUUUGUGCAUGUACGUUUAGAUGGUGCAUGCUAGGAUCUGUCUGUGUAUGUGUAGGUUAAGGUACAAGUACAACAACAUGUCGUUGUUAUGCCGGUGCAUGACGGCUGGUGAUGGAUGUUUUCGGGGUUGGGGAAGAUCGAUGAACUUUGUGAACAAGCUUGGGAAUGGAAUGGUUGGGUGGGAACGGCAAACCGUAGCCUUCAUUCAUACGUGUGCAGUGCAGUCAGCAAGUUUCAGAUAUCCAUUCUUUCUUCUAGUGUAAAAGUAUGUAUAUUUCGGAUGA